CCCCAAAUUCCACAAACCCUUUAUAGAUAAACUCGGCCUUCCUCCCUCGGCCACCCAGCCUCGGCUCUCCUCAAGCUACCGCUCGGCCGCAUUUUCAUUCCUUUUCUUGUUCGCCGUUAGUUUCCUGCCCGAAGAUGUCUGACGAGGAGCAUCACUUCGAGUCGAAGGCCGACGCCGGCGCUUCCAAGACCUACCCACAGCAGGCCGGGACUAUCCGCAAGAACGGUCACAUUGUUAUCAAGAGCCGCCCUUGCAAGGUUGUGGAAGUUUCGACCUCCAAAACUGGAAAGCACGGUCAUGCAAAGUGCCACUUUGUUGCCAUUGACAUAUUUACUGGAAAGAAGCUUGAAGAUAUUGUUCCAUCUUCCCACAACUGUGACGUUCCUCACGUCAAUCGCACUGACUACCAGCUCAUUGAUAUAUCCGAGGAUGGAUUUGUGAGCUUGUUGACUGAGAACGGCAACACUAAGGAUGACCUCAAGCUCCCAACUGACGAGAAUCUGCUUAGCCAGAUCAAGAGUGGGUUUGAGGAGGGAAAGGACCUUGUUGUGAGUGUUAUGUCUGCCAUGGGAGAGGAGCAGAUCUGUGCCCUCAAGGAUAUUGGCCCUAAGUAGCUGUUCUUUCGGCAGAUAGACGUGUUAUAAAUUUCAUAUGUAGAUUGCCGAAGGAUGAUGUGGGAAUGAAUGUGUUUUUCACCUCUAUUCGUGACUCGAAUAUUUAUGACUUUUAAAAGGCUUGAUAUUUUAGGAGGGCUUCAGUUGUUUUGUUUUAUUGCAAUUGUUUUUUCUUUUACAUGUUUGAAUCUGAUUGAGGUCUUGAGUUUAAAUGAUUUUCGAAGUACGACCUUCUUUUUUUUCCAUAUUCCCUGAACUGUUGUUCUAUGCUUCUGGAUUUCUACUUGUUAUUUCUUACUGUUUGCUUGCUCUUUUAUCUCCAUCAUCUAUCCUAGUUCACAAUUCACAAAUGCUGUGUUAGGCUUUAAUCAUCUAUCCUAAUUCACAAAUGAACUAAUGUUGUUAUUGUUAGGCU